AAUUUCGCGAUACGUCUAACAGUCGAAAUCGUAGACUCUUACGUCUGAAAUUUUUAAACGGACUUUUACAAUUAAAUAUAUCCCGAUUAACGUCGUAUUUGGUAUCAUUUUAUUCAGAAAAAUAUCACGAAUAUAAUGGAAAAAGUUCUACGAAAAAAGGAGUCAAAAUAAAAAAGUUAUUAACAUAUUAGUAUUCUAAAGAAUACAGGUUUGAUCUUUGCAGUCCUCAAUCAGCGUUUUUUCACUCCUUAUCCACUGUUAAAACUUAUCGUCAAUUAAACCAGUAAACAUAGUUCAAAUUAUAUCGUGUUUGGUCUCAUUUUAAUCAGAACGUAAAAAACUUGUUGAUAAAAGUUUGGUAAUGUAAAAGCGAAAGAUAAGUUUUAUAUUUUGGUAUCGUUUCAUAUUGCGAAACUUUCGGUUUCGCUUGCAUCGAGUAGAUUAUCGCUUAUAUCGAGACUACUGCACUUUGAACAUAAUUUUUAUUUAAAAUUUCAAUGUUGUCCAACAUAAUUGAUUUUUUAUUUAAAAUUUCAAUUUUCUCCUAACAUCUUAACAAAUAAUGCUAACACUUUGCACAGCGUAAUCGAAAUACUUCAGUCUCGUACAAGAUCACAAAUUUCCACCGAGACAAGGUGUAGGAAUUCGUUGCGUAAAAUUAUUGGAAAAUUCUUGUACGUGUUUCAGGGAAAAGGAAUUAUAGUCCGCCCUUUCGGUUGUUUCAUAAAAGUGUUGGAAGAACAAUUACAAAAUAGUGUUUUGACGGUUUAAUUGGAUCUCAACCAUGAUCAAGUUUGCUUCCUGCAUUCUUCUGCUCGCUGCAGGUUGCGCUCUGACAGAUGCUGCAUCCCUUAGCGACAAUGUGGAUUCAGCCUUCUUCCGUUUAUUCAACAGGAAUGGCCCUAAUGUGGAUGUUAGUUUAGCGAAAGCAUCUGAACUUGUACCCCUUUUAAAUAAGACUGCAACCACAGUAUUUUAUAUUCAUGGCCACAUGGAAUACAUAGAGAAAGAUACUGUAACUCCUAUUACGGACGCUCUCUUAAACUAUACAACCAACAACAUAAUUGGGCUCGAUUAUAGAAGCAUCGCGAUGUUGAUUUAUCCGACGUCUGUGGCGCAAGCUCAAGCUCUUGGUGUGGUGGUAGCUAAUAGUAUAAAGCAAAUGGUAGAUGCUGGUUUGAAAGCUGAAAAUAUCUAUAUUAUUGGUCACUCAUUAGGUGCUCAGCUUGCUGGAAACAUUGGGCGCAAUCUACCAUUCAAAAUUCCUAGAAUAACAGGUUUGGAUCCCGCUGGACCACUUUUCUACUUUGAGUAUCGUCGUUUGAGUGCUUCCGAUGCGCAAUUUGUGGACAUUAUACAUACAGACGCCGGUGUUUUGGGACUAGCUUUAUCUACUGGCAGUGCUGACUUUUACCCAAACUUGGGUCAUGGACCGCAGCCAGGAUGUAAACUUGAUAUAAUGAUAAGUGAAACAGCGUUGUGCAGCCACCACAGGUCCUGGAUGUUCUUCAUCGAAUCGCUUAAGAACAAAGACGCUUUCGUCGGUGUUAGAUGCAACAACGAGGUGCUCUACACCAGUGGAGUAUGCGAUGGAAAUAGAAAGGCUGUUAUGGGCUAUUAUGCUUCCACCCAAAAGACAGGUGUAUACUUCCUUCGCACAGGUGCAAACGAGCCUUAUGGCUUGGGAGUCGCAGGAGCGCCAUUUAAAUCUUCAUCGUGAAGGAAAUCUGUGCAACGGUGUCGCGAAUACAACUUUUAUAAUGUU